AUGGAAAGAGUUUGUGCAAUUUUCAUACUUUGUUCAUUGCUUAUAGCAGGCUCAUAUGCCAGCACUUCCAAAGAUAUCCUGGAAGCUGAAAAAUGGUUCAGAAACCUCUCUCAAAGAAGGGAAAAGGUAGCCAAACUUCGUUUCUACAUCCAGGACGUACUAGGCGGCCCGAACGCCACCAUAUGGGAGGUCGCUCGAUCCAACGUCACUUCUCUUUCGCAUACGAUGUUUGGCCAAAUCAGGGUCCUGGAUAACCUGAUAACCGCUGAGCCCGAUCGCAAUUCAGAGAAACUGGGCCGGGCGCAGGGGCUCGUAACUUCGGCAGACUUGCGUGAAUCGGCACUGGCUAUGAAUCUCAACUUUGUGUUUACGGCAGGCAGGUACAAUGGGAGUACACUCUGUAUUCUGGGUAGGAAUCCGAUCGAUACCAUGAACCGGGAGCUGCCUGUUGUUGGUGGGACUGGAGUUUUCCGGAUGGCUCGUGGGUUUUCCAUUUCGAACACUUACUCUUAUGAUCCUGUGGAGAAUUACGGUGUUUUAGAGUAUACUGUUUAUGUUUCCUAUGUGUAG